ACAGCACCACAGACCACAACGUCGGCCAGCAUGAUCAAGUUCGCAGUUCUGCUGGUUCUCGGGGCGCAGCUCUGCUUGGCUCAACAGUACCCGAGGUACUUCAAGUUCCCCGUUGGAAAAGGUGAUGAGUGCGAGGACCACCAGAUCGGCAAGAGAUUCCCCGUGGGUGCUGUGUGGACCAGCCCUAACUCGGGCUGCAAGCAGAGCCACUGCAUCAAGGAGAACGGUACUCUUUACAUCGACCGCUUCCAGUGCCCGUCGGUCAGGAAGCGGGUGGAUUACAAGAAGCUGAAGGCGGACAAUCUGCAGGCUGGCCUGGGUAGACCGCAGGAAGGCGUUUCCGGACUGCUGUCCCCGCCUUGUGUGUAA